AUGCCUGAAGUAUCCAACUAUGGGUCUGUGGAAGACCAAGCCGAAGAAGGAAGAUCGUUUGAUGAGAAGGAUACAUACUACUUGAACGAAAGCAGACUAACCCCGGAAGAACGCAAGAGGAAGUGUUUGCUGCUUGCCGUUCCCCUAGUUUUGGCCGUUCUGAUCAUUGGCGGUUUCACGCUCUUUUUGCUCAGGGAUUUUGACUUUUUGUAUCCUGGUAGAAAUGGAGGAAAUAGACACAGGACGCCAAGAACGCCAAUUCCAGUUUACCCCAGCGAUACCGGUUCUAGCACUGCCACUGAGGAUACUAGUAGUACCGGUACCAGUACCAGUACCAGUACCAGUACGGACAGUGCUGCUGGCAGCUCUCCAGGUGCUUCCUGCUUGGCACAUGAAAAAUGUACGGGCCUGACUGGAGAUUGCUGCCCUUCUAUCGACGGUCUCUUCCUCCAAUGCUGCAACUAG